AUGCUUCAACUUAUAAACCAUGCGAGCUUUUCACGUGAGUACCAACCUGCACAUUUGUUCAUACAUCACUACAUCAUACAAUAUUUAAUAACAAUCGAAUCCGUUUCCCACGUACGAACAAAGAACAGCAAGUUCAUUGCAUUAACUACAGCGCUAAUUUGGCUGCCGGUGGCUGUCACUGAAGAGCAACACAUAGUUUCACUUAACCGCAUCUUAAAACGUUUUAAGUAUAAAUUUUCUACAGAUUUCAAUGAAAUUGCUAAUUUCGAAAUUGAGGCUAAAUUUAUCUGCACACCUAACGACUACAGUGACUCAUUUAAAUGGAACUUUGAUUCAGCUAUGCGAUUAAUAAUAUCAUUACACGAAAGCAAAUCUUUUAGACCUUUGCUCAAGGCAUUCCAACGCAUGUUGAAAGUCAAUGGGCUAUUGAAAAAUAAUGAUCCCUUUGAUGAUCUCAAGGUGAAAAUCCAUUAUUUUUGCUUUUGCAAUGAGAUUUAA